UGGGCUCCCCGGGGAGGGAGGUGGCUGGGUCUGGUAGUUAGAAUGCUGUCUCUCCCUGGUGCUGUGACAACCCCUCCCCCGCUGUGCACACAAAUGGGCUUUAUACGGCAAACAAAACUGCACCCCCACCCCAGGCUACACAGGCACGUGGACCUAAGCCUCACCAAGGGGGGCGGGGUGGUGGCGAUAGGCACCGGAGAAAGACAGCACGGAAGACUAAGGUUCUCCUCGCCCCACUUCAUCUCCGCAAUCCAGAUUUUUUAAACUUUGACUUCCCAGUUCCCACCUGCGUCCUGAGGCCCCAACUUCUGUUCUUCUAGCUCCCAAGUAUGAAUCCUUUCUGGUUGGAAACAGGUUCCCCACCAGCUGGCCCACACCACCCAGGGGUGUGCUCCUCAGGCAGGCGAAUGAGAGAGAACACAGUGUCCCGGGGGAGAGAGAGGUGCGAAACCCCCCUUCUCUGCCCGAGAGAGUUCCUGGGGACACCCAUCUCGGCAGAGCAAAAGGCCAAGGAAGAGCUCACUCCAGCUGGGUUCCUGAGCCAAGGCCAGGACGCCAGGCUCCGCAGGACCUUCCUGCUCGCCUAAUCCGCUAUUUAAGGAGCUGCUCGCCUGCAGCCCGGGAGCCACCCCCCUCCUCACGUACACAGGUUCAGAGCCACCUUAAAAGCAGGAGGCUACUGUGAAGUUGCUGGCCAGUAAGUGGUGUAGAGACUACGGAGGACAUACAGACAGCAGAGAGAGAAACAGAGAGAGAGAGAGAGAGAGAGAGAGAGAGAGAGAGAGAGAGAGAGAGAGAGAGAGGAAAUUGAUCCAGAAGUUCGUUCUAACCUGAGGAAAGUCAAAUCCCUGGAAGCCUGCAGAGACAAGAGGAAAAGAUACAGACGCCAGAAACUCCUCUCUCUCCCUCACCACCUUGCUCCCAAAUUCCUGGUCCCCUGUGUGGCCUUGUGGAGAUAAUAUGUUGUUCUUCACUCUCCUGUUAAAGGUGACUUGGAUCCUGGCUGCAGAUGGGGGUCACCACUGGACGUAUGAAGGCCCACAUGGUCAGGACCACUGGCCAACCUCUUACCCUGAGUGUGGAGGCGAUGCCCAGUCCCCCAUCAACAUUCAGACAGACAGUGUGAUAUUUGACCCUGAUCUGCCUGCUGUACAGCCCCAUGGAUAUGACCAGCCUGGUACUGAGCCUUUGGAUCUACACAAUAAUGGCCAUACAGUGCAGCUCUCCCUGCCCUCUACCCUGCACCUGGGCGGACUGCCCCGGAAAUACACAGCAGCCCAGCUCCACCUGCACUGGGGUCAGAAAGGAUCCCAAGAGGGCUCCGAGCACCAGAUCAACAGCGAAGCCACGGUGGCAGAGCUCCACGUGGUCCAUUAUGACUCGGAGUCCUAUGGCAGUCUGAAAGAGGCUGCUCAGAAGCCUCAGGGCCUGGCUGUCCUAGGCAUCUUAAUUGAGGUGGGCGAGACUGAGAACUCGGCUUACGGUCACAUUCUGAGUCAUCUGCACAAAAUAAGGCAUAAAGACCAGAUAACCUCAGUGCCCCCCUUCAAUGUGAGAGAGCUGCUCCCCCAACAGCUGGAGCAGUUCUUCCGGUACAACGGCUCACUCACGACCCCACCCUGCUACCAGAGUGUCCUCUGGACAGUCUUCCACAGAAGGGCCCAGAUUUCAGUGGAACAGUUAGAAAAGCUUCAGGGGACGCUGUUCUCUACGGAAGAGGAGUCACUUACGCCCCUCGUACAGAACUACAGAAUCCCCCAGCCUCUCAACCAGCGGACCAUCUUUGCUUCCUUCGUCCAAGCGGGACCAUUGUACACCACAGGAGAGAUGCUGGGCCUAGGUGUGGGAAUCUUGGCUGGAUGUCUCUGCCUUCUGCUGGCUGUUUAUUUCAUUGCUCAAAAAAUUAGGAAGAAGAGGCUAGGAAACAGGAAGAGUGUGGCCUUCACCUCGGCACGGGCUACCACAGAGGCAUAAACCCCGUCUCGAUGCCAUGGACGCCUUCCCCUCAUACCCAUCAGGGGUCUCUCUAAGGGGGUGCAGGGGCUGGACCAGAAGUAGCAGGCAGACACAUGUCCUUCUCCAUACCAACUCUGCACACAUACGCCAGAGAAGCAAGGAUCCAGGGCUUCAAGGAAGAGUGGAGUCUCUGGCCAAAGCACGUAGGUCAGGAGAUCCCUGCUUUAACAGGCAGCUAUGAAGAAGCUGAAAUGUGCCCUGACGUCCCUCACCUCACACCUUCAUGGCCCCUCCCCUAGACACACCUAGAUACAUGUCUAGGAAAAAGCUGCUGCUGGGAGUUUAGUUAUUUUUUUUUUGCUCAAUAUAUGUUUGAAAACCUUA